GAAAUUUUCAUGGAGAAUAUUUGAACUGUAUUUAGAUUAAUACAAAUUGCAGUUAAAAAGUUUAAUAUAGAUUUACCAGGGGGCGUGCAGCCCGCUUGCCAAUCAGAUCGCUGCGGAGCGGUCCCGCAGCCAACCCCCGAAGAGCAGCCUGCUGGCUUCCCCAGCGCCCAGGAGUUGGGGAUGUCCUACAAACCUACCACCCCUGCCCCCAGCAGCACCCCUGGCUCCAGCACCCCUGGGCCAGGCACUCCGGUCCCUACAGGAAGCGUCCUGUCGCCGUCGGGCUCAGGGCUGGGAGCCACUGCCCCUUGCAGACCGCUGUUUAAAGACUUUGGACCGCCUACCGUCGGUUGUUUGCAGGCCAUGAAACCACCUGGUGCCCAGGGCUCCCAGAGCACCUACACGGAACUGCUGUUGGUCACAGGGGAGAUGGGCAAAGGGAUCCGGCCCACCUAUGCUGGCAGCAAGAGCGCCGCGGAGCGCCUGAAGAGAGGUAUCAUCCAUCCCUAGUCAGAGUGCCUGGUAGAGACAGAGCGGAACGCCCACACUUAACAGGAAGCUCCUAGGCCUCUGUGUCUGGACUUCAGAGCACCUGCUUCUCCCUGGCCUUCAUCCCUAGUUGCA